AUGGCCAAUGAAUCAGAACCUCCCUCGACGCCUCCGGUGUUGACAGAUGUAUGCGACACGGCAACAGCAGAUCCACCACCACCGUACCCGUACCCAUCAAGAGAGCGGCGAGUGCGCACAUCAAGAAGGAGCCAGCACUCCCGGCUACAGAUCUCCCAAAGCUCCUCGGGAGAUACACAGUAUCCAACAGAUGAUUAUGCUGAUGAAGAUGUUCUGCCAACGGAGACGACGCCAUUCCUUGGAACGAAUACCCAUCCACGCUAUGUACACCAGGGGCCUGCGUCUGGCAGACCACGUUCCCAUUCAUUCACGAGCACCAUGUCUGCUGCGCCGUCGCUAGCCCAUACUGUGCUUUCGCUAUUCCAAGGAGAUGAGGACGAUACGCCUUUGAGAGUAGUUGGACAGUCAGACUCCACUGUGCCAGCCACUUCUACUCAGCAACGAGGGACGGGAUUCUUCUCCAGAGCUGCAUGGAAACGAUAUUUCCGCCCUAUAUUCGUCAAGUCUUACUACAGGGCAUUAUUCCACCUGGCAGUGCUGAACUUUCCAUACGGACUGAUAGCAUGGGUAUACCUGUUUGUGUUCACAGUGACUGGAACAACGCUCCUGGUAGCAUUACCACUGGGCGCUGUUCUUUGCUUCUUCGAUUUGCUGGGGGCUAGAGCGUUCGCGAGGGGAGAGCUUGCACUUCAGACUCGGUUUCACGCGCCAUUCAAUCAUACCCCACCUUAUCCGCCUCGGCCCAUAUUCACCCGUUAUCGAGAACCAACAUCAACGGAAGUCGAGAUGGGUCACACAAGACAGGGUUUAGUUCGCGAAAACUCGUUCUAUAAAAACACCUAUGCCAUGUUCACAGACCCUACAUCGUAUCAGGCUCUAUUCUAUUUCAUCGUUAUCAAACCCGCCAUCACAUUACUCAUCUCCAUCGCUAUUGUAGCGAUUGGCAUCCCUGCAUUUGUGCUUGUCCUCCCUGCCCCUGCAAUGCUGAGAGCGGUGAGAAAGGUCGGGAUAUGGCAAGCCAAUGUCGCUGUGGAAGGUUUGUAUGUUGCUGUUAGAUGA